AUGGCAUCCGAAACUCAAUUCAACUUCAGAAAGCAUAAAAGUGACUUAAGAAGAUUAUCUUUGGUUAUUUUUAUAACAAUAGAUUUGCUUUAUGCAGGAGUGCUCGCAGUUUCAUUUGGAAAAGUUUGUGACACACCAUUGAAAUCAUGGCUUGUUGGUGCGAUAUUAUUGAAAAAUAUCUUAUAUGAAAGAAGUUUUGCCAUAAUAGGUGAAUCGAUUAUGUUCUUGGCAAGUUUUCUUUGGUUCACAAUGGGGACUGUUUGGGUAAAUACUUCUUUAGUAUGUCAAAGCACUGCUCCUGCACUUUGGUGGACGACAUUUGUUACAAUUUCUUCAAUUUGGUUUUUUACAGCAGGUUUAGUACUUUCUUUAAUUGGAAUAACUGUUUAUCACAUGAUUGUGACCGGAGGGUCAAAUCCAGAAUUCAAUAGUAUAUCAGAUAAGCCCACAAUAUAA